GCGGCGGGGCUGGGCCGCGGGGCUCCGGGGCUCUGCUGGAAGGCUGCGCAGUCCCUGCUCCGUCCCGGGGCGUCCUGUGUGGUGGUGCCGGUGAGGAGCAGGAGGAAGGGCCCGCGGGUGCCCGAGUGGGCCCGGGAGCUGAGCCCUGAGGAGCGGCAGAGGCGGCUCAAGGCCGCGGCUCCCAUCUUCCCGGACGAGCGCAUCGAGAGAACUUUCUACUUGGCGUGCACGGCUGAAAUCAUGGAUCCCUACGUCCCUCCUGAGGGCGAUGCCCGCCUCACCUCGCUGUCCAAGGACGGGGUGAAGCAGCAGAUGCAGAAGCUGAGGCAGACAGCGGCCUCCCAGCUGGCCCUGCGGAAGAUCAAGGAUCACGACCCGGAUUUCAGCACCAAAACCUUCCCUGAGAAAGCCCAGGAGAUUUUUAUCGAGGCCCACAACUCCCUGGCAAACUUUAACAAGCAGAAGCUUCACUCCCUGGUGACCGAGCGCUGCUACCCCGACAUGGUGCGUGGGAACAGGUACAGAACCAUCCGCUGGAGGUUCCUGGAGUCGCUGGAGCCGCCCAGGGUGGUGCACGUGCGCUGUGAGGGCGUCAUGAACCGCGGCAACCUCUACGGGCAGGUGACGGUGAGGAUGCACAGCCGCCAGAUUUUGGCCAUCUAUGACCGCUUUGGGCGGCUCAUGUACGGCGGGGAGGAGAUUCCCAAGGAUGUCCUGGAAUACGUUGUGUUUGAGAGGUACCUGGUGAAUCCCUACGGAACGUGGAGGAUGCACGGGAAGAUCGUUCCGGAAUGGGCCCCGCCCAAGGAUCCCAUCAUUAAGACGCUGAUGAUUCCCGCCCCAGCCCCGGAUCCCUCACAGGAGCACGAAAAAGUGAAGUAGAAAGUUCUGGAAGGUGGGCAGCGGCAGCAAAACCGGCUGGGAGGGGAGGACUGGGAACGUGUUGGAUGCGGCUGGGAGAAAAUCUGGGAAUGGGCUCCGGCCACUCCCAAAUUUGUCCUCCAAGGAGCCAGAGGGGCUCGGGAGCGGGGUCUGGAUGAGCUCUGGGAGGAGCUGGGCUCUGUCCCGUGUGCUGCAGCCUCACCCUGAGGAUGAGGAGCCUCAGGAGCAUCCACGGGCCGCCCUCUGUCCUGGAAUUCCAUGGGAGAGCCCUUGGAAUAUUUGUCACCUCCAUGGGAGGUGCCACAGACCUGCUGCUCACUCAUUAAAGCUUCACCUGUG